AUGGAAAAUUGUCAGCAUCCUCAGAAUGAGAAAUUUAGUCCAAUAACUGGCUAUGAUUUCCAGUUUUUGCAACAAAUUAGAGCCGAAUGAGAGACUCUCAACCCUAUUGUGAUCUUCUUGCUGGGAGUCAACUACAUUAGGCAUCAAAGAGAGUACCCGAAGGAGAACUUCAUUGAACUUGCAAAGAGAGUCAAAGAUGGAGUUGAUAUUGAGAAUCUGAAUGCUUUUGACCAAAAUGAGAUAUACAAAGAACUAUAUAGCCAGACUACUCUCGACCAAGUAUUUAGACUUAGAUGGUUUCAGAGUGAGUAUCGAGAGUUUCAAAGCGAAUUAGAAACGAAGGUUAAGUCAGAUCAUCCUUCUUUUCAAAAGAAGGAUGAUUACUCAAUAAUUGAUUUUUUGAAGACUCCGAGAUUUCCCGCUCAGGAUAAAAAUACUCCUCAACAGAAUUCAUGAGCCCAAAACCCACUAUCAAAAGCUAGUUAUCCUUCUCAUGCCAGGGGUAAGUCACCAUUUUUAAUUUUGUUAUAA